AUAAUUAAUAGUACAUUUUAUUGUUCACCUCAUAACAAUAUGUCUAGUUCCUACCACCAUGCAAUAUACUUAUAAACCAAACCUUUCCUAGGCAUCUGAGUCCCUCUUAUUCCUCUUAACAUCAAAAACCCUUAAAAAAAAUCCAAACCAUCAAAACUGUAAUAGGAAGCAAUGAAAAUGUUAUCAAUAAACCUUUUAUAUCUUUCCUUAAUCUUAGUUUCAUUCAUUGUAUGUACCUUCUCAGAAUCCUUAGAGCAUGAAGCUGAAGAAGCUCCCCUCGAUAGCAUUUCUCAAUGGUGUGACACUGUUCCUCAUCCUAAACCGUGUAAAUACUUUAUGGCUCGAACACAAGGCAUGUUCAUUCCAAAAGAAAAACACGAAUUUCGGAGAAUGAUAGUAGAGGUAGCCUUGGACCGCGCUAUGGCGGCCCAAGGCCACUUAUGGAUGUGGGGUGAACAAUGUGCAAAUCAUAGGGAACGGGCUGCAUGGUCCGAUUGUAUUAGGCUGUAUAGUCAUACAAUCUAUCAACUUAAUUAUACUCUUUAUGGCUUGACUAGCAACUCGAGUUUUACGGAUUUCGAUGCUCAAACUUGGCUAAGCUCAUCUCUUACAAACUUAGAAACUUGUAUGAGUGGAUCCCAUGACAUGAAUGUUACAACAUUUAUCUGGCCUCACGUCUCAUAUAACGUAUCAGAAUUAAUCUCAAAUGGAUUGUCCGUCAAUGAAGGUCUAAUUGACGAUUUUAUCAGCUCUACUAAUGGUACUACAACCAACUAUCCUAGUUGGGUGAGCCGUGAAGAAAGGAAGUUAUUGCGGGUUUCGAGGAAAUUGGCGGCCACAAGGGCGGCAUUUGUGGUGUCGAAAGAUCGGUCGAGCCCGUAUCGGACCAUACAAUCUGCCAUUGAUGCUGCAGCUAGGAGCAGUAUAAGAGGGAGGAAAGUGAUACAUAUUAAAAGAGGGAUUUAUAAGGAGAAUAUAUAUGUUGGUCCUUAUAAUAAUGAUAUUAUGUUAGUUGGUGAUGGAAUGAGGAAUACUAUUAUCACUAGUAGUAGAAGUGCUAAAUCUGGUUAUACCACAUAUAGUUCUUCAACCGCAGGUAUUGAUGGGCUACGAUUCAUGGCUAGAGACAUAACCUUCCAAAAUGCAGCUGGGCCACAAAUGGGCCAGGCCGUAGCAUUUCGUUCAAGCUCAGAUCUCUCAGUCUUAUACAAAUGUGCAUUUAUUGGUUACCAAGACACUCUUUUUGUACACUCUCAAAGACAAUUCUACAAAAUGUGCUACAUUUUUGGGACCAUCGAUAUUAUUUUUGGUAAUGCAGCAGUUGUAUUCCAAAACUGUAUGAUUUAUGCACGCAUACCUGUUUAUGGCCAAGCUAAUGUCAUAACAGCCCAAGGCCGAGCUGACCCGAAUCAAAACACCGGGAUUGUGAUGCAUGGGUGUCGGAUCAUGGCAGAUGAAGAUCUCAAAGGAAAAACUGCAUUCAUAACCACUUACUUGGGCCGUCCAUGGCAAGAAUACUCACGAACCAUCAUUAUGAGAUCUUAUUUGGGUGGGCUAGUAAAUAGUGCAGGUUGGAUGCCUUGGAAAAGUGCUGGGUUUUUAAGCACCUUGUACUACGCAGAGUAUCAAAAUUUUGGACCCGGGGCAAGACUUCAUCAUCGAGUUAAGUGGCCCGGCUACCAUAUUAUUACUAGGCCCAAUGCAGUCUCACAAUUCUCCGUUGAACGUUUCAUUGCGGGUCAAAAAUGGUUGCCCGAAACUGGUGUCCCCUUUAGUCCUGGAGUUUAAUUUACCAUUAUUAUAGCACUAAUAUAAUUAUUUUCCUUAUAUAUUGAUUAAUUACUUAUUGAUCAUAUAAUAUAUUCUACAGAGGUGGAAUUGUUAU